GUCGGUGAUAAAUUGGAAAAUAGUUUCAAUUCAGUGCGAUCUCAAUAAUACCGCAGUGAACAACUGAAGUGCAGACCAGCGAAUUACAUGUGCGGUGAUCAAUGAAAGAGAAGAACGCACAACUUAUACGCGCGCAUCUGUCUGCAAGCAAACAAACAAAAUUAUUUGUAAAAUUUCAUAUACAAAGACAAAUAAAUCGAAAGAAUAAAAUUUCAAUCGAAAUUUAAAUUUAGAGAAGAAAGUGGUGAGAGAAAGUGAAAUCCAUCAGCACGUUUUUUAUUAAACUCUUAUGAGAUAAAAUUACGACGGACCGGUAAUGGGCAAUGCAGGAUAUACAUGUAUAAGACGAACAUUUUGCUGGCUUAACAUAACGCUAUGGCUUUGCAGUUGUGCAUUCCUUGGUGCUGGCGUGUGGCUUCGGCUUUCGUAUGAGGGUUAUGCAACUCUGCUGCCACAUCAUGCCGUUUUAAGUGCAGAUUCCAUGUUUCUUGGGAUUGGUGUGGUCGGUUUUGUGAUCUCGUUUCUGGGAUGCUGCGGUGCUUGGGUGCAAUCAAAAUGCUUAUUGGUAUUAUACUUUAUGUUGAUUGUCUUGCUGUUUGUAAGCGAAUUUUUGAUCGGUUCUCUUGCUUUCAUAUUUCGUGGAGGCUUUGGCCGUACGUUGGCAAAUGAGUUGCGGUUCGGCAUUGAAAAUCAUUACAAUGUUUCCGAUCGAGGUUCGAUAAUAGCGCCAUCUGUUGCGACCAUAUGGGAUAACAUACAAAUAUCCUUCGAAUGUUGUGGAGUUUCGACCUAUGAGGAUUGGUAUGAUGUGCAAUCAUGGAGCGGUAAACGUUGGGUACCAGAGUCCUGUUGUAAGUCCCUAUAUGAAAAUCGUGGAAUUCUUACUGAAGGCUCAGGUGAUAGUAUCACAAAAAUCGAUUGCGGCAGGUCUGAGAACCCAUCACUUUGGUGGCCUAAGGGUUGUGCUGAUUCUCUGCAAACUUGGCUUAAUGGGCAAUUGGAUGUGAUCGGCGCAGUGGGUUUAGGUAUAGCGUUUACUCAGCUCUUCGGCCUUAUUACGUCAAUGUUACUCUUCUGCACUGUCAAACAUAAACGAAAACCGGAAACGUAUAAAUCGUAUUCACCGUCGAUUGACCCGCAAACGAGACCCAGCAGUUGGGAGGAUUGAACGAAAAAUGACGGUUAUUGAAAAUGUUAUAUGUGCCAAAAAUUAAUUAUAGGCCAUUUAUAUUUAUUAUAAUGAUUAUAUAAAGUAUUACCAAGUAAUAUAGUGUUAAAAUUUAAAUACAUGCGCAGAUACAUGCAGAUGCGGACAUAUCUAAGCUAAGAAACGAACGAGUACAAUAAUGAAUUGUGAUCACAUAUGUAUUUACCGAUCACACAUCUAAUUAAUCAGUAUACUUUAACUCUACUGCCCGAAAAUGUAUAUUUAAUGUACUUCCAAAAACAAAAUAAAAAACAAAACAAGAAAAUCAAAUCAAA